UCCAGACGCUUAGGAAACCUCUAGUGUUUCCUUGAAUGGUAAGAGAUUUCAUCAGAGAUCGCCUGUAUGCUUCUUCAGAGGGAUACUUCCAGAAGGAAGAUCAUCAGGUUGGCCAGCUCUCAGAGCCGAUUGAGUUCGGACAACUUCUUGGAUAUCAUGCUUAUAGGCAACAAUUUGAACAGAGAUAUCCCCAAAAUGCCUGGAUCACUCCCAGUGAAGUCUUUAAACCAUACUUUGGAUACAUGGUUGGAAAUUAUAUUAUCGAGAACUGGUACCAGAACAAGUACAAGAACAUCAGAAUUGUUGAGAUAGGGCCUGGUACAGGAGUCCUAGCUGAGUCAAUCAUUGAGUAUCUCAAAAUGAAUGCAGUCCAGCGUAGAAUUAACUUUGAUUACCACCUGGUAGAGAUCAGUGAGUCUCUUUGCAAGAACAUUGAACAAAGGAUGGAGGACUCCUUUCCAAGUCUGAUCAAGAACGAGCAGAUUAAGGUCUUUAACAAAAGUAUUCUUGAGUAUGAUAUCUCUACUAAAGUCCCAACAUUUGUCAUUGGGAUGGAAAUUCUUGAUAAUAUGCCUCAUGACAGGCUCUACAAGGAAUCUGAGGAUGUCAAGGAGCCAUGGAAGUACCAGACCACGGUUGAGCUAAACAAAGAAGGCGGUGAAGAAUUCCUCCAAGAAAACAUUGAAGAAAUCAAUGAUGAAUGGUGUCAAUUAUACCUUGACCUCCACUCAAGAAUUCCUAAAAUGGACAAUAUUGACCUUGCCAAAGAGAUGGAUAAGUUAGGAAUAUUUCCUAAAUUAUCUGACAUGUGGAGGAGUCUUACUGGAAGAAGACCCUUGAAAGAUAACAUUUUCAUCCCAACUGAAACAUUGAGGCUGUUUAAGCAUGUCAACACAAUAAUGCCAUCUCAUCACUUGGUAUUAGCAGAUUUCGACUCAUUCAUUAUGCCUAGGAAGUCAGUCAACGGGAUUAAUGCUCCAUUGGUGACAAACAAGUUGGCUGGUCCUUCAGAGUGGGAAUCUCAUGACACAUAUCUAAUAGAUCAAGGAGUUGCAGAUAUUUGUUUUCCUUCAGACUUCUACUACCUCAGACAUUCUUAUGAACUAGUUACUGGAAAGAAAGCAUCUCACAUGAAGAACUACGAAAUGUUUGAUAAAUUUGCUGUUAGCAAUUGGUGAGAGACCCAGAAUGGCUUCAACCCCAUGAAAGAAGAGUAUGUCAACACUUCAUUCUUGCUAAGUUAA